UAGCACGCACCUGGGGAAAGUCCCAUUCUUCUGCUAUCUAUAUGGGGAGAGGUGGGGUCAAGUUACAGGCAUAUUUAUAAUGAAGUUGCUGCAAUAUUUAGUUUCAUUCUCUUGCUCCCGCUUUCAGAUUACCCUGUGGAUUAUUUCAGAUGCUGGGAAUGCACACAGAGCCAGCAAUGGCGGCAGGAAACAGUGAGAUCGGCAGCAUCUUCAGCACUUACUUUUCUACCAUGUACUCAGUGUCUCCAGUGCAACCUGUGACAGACAGUAUAAUGCCAUCCCAGGAUAGGGACAAGUUCCUGACAUUCGUAACUCCAGACCUUACCAGUGAACUAACAGCUCAGCCUUCUUGGUGGGCUUCUGAAAUGCCCGACAUUUGGUCCCAACAGCAAGUCAUGGACUGGAUCAGUUACAAUGUGGAGAAAAAUAAAUGGGAUGCCAGUACCAUGGAUACAAGUCAGUGUGAAAUGGAUGGACAACGGCUGUGUCAGCUAAGCAAGGAAGACAUGACCAGAAUAUUUGGGGGACUUGGAGACAAACUAUAUGAUCACCUUUGCCAGCUUAGAGAAUGGCCAAGCUCUUGUGACUCUUCUCCUGGCGAGUAUGAACUCAAGUUUCAUUUGACAAAAGAUCCUUCUGACUGGGAUCUGAUAUGUGAUUUUAUAAAAAAUGAAGAUAAUCAGCUCGGGAUCAAGAAGGAAAUAGAAUAUGAUGACUUUUCUAUAAAGAUGACAGACUACGGCUAUUACCCUGAUCCAAUUUCUCCAGCAAGUUCUCGAUCAUGUGGUUCUGGUAUGGAGGCAUACAGCCCCCAGACUAGAGACUCUGUGGGAAGCGACCUUGAAGUGGAAGUCAAAAAUCCCAGAGAUGACUUUUCAAGUUGUAACAAGAAUGAUGGAGCCCUAAAUAAGCGUAGGAGGGGCAGACCACGAAAACUCAACUCAGACAGUCGAGAUAUCCUGGAAUCCAAAAAAAGUAAGAACUCUGCACGUGGUACUCACCUUUGGGAGUUUAUUCGGGACAUCCUUCUCCAUCCAGACUUGAACCAAGGGCUAUUAAAGUGGGAGGACCGAUCAGAAGGAGUGUUCAAGUUCCUGCGAUCAGAGGCAGUAGCCCAGCUGUGGGGACAGAAGAAGAAAAAUUCAAGUAUGACAUAUGAGAAGCUUAGUCGUGCCAUGAGGUACUACUACAAGAGAGAAAUCCUGGAGCGUGUCGAUGGCAGAAGAUUGGUAUAUAAAUUCGGGAAGAAUGCCAGUGGAUGGCGUUUGGGAGAUAAGGGGAUCAUUGGGAGUUAAAUCAAUGCGCCCACAGAUUAUGUGGAUAGUUCCCAACGCAGACUACUCAGUGUCCUGCGAUCAGGAUCCUCCUGAGUGAAUGUAUUCGUCAGACUCCAACCUUUUUUGAAGGACAUUGAUGUAGCACCAUUUUUGCGGUGCCUGUAUCUUAAGCUGAUAUUUUAGCUUCAGUAGGUUGUUGUAAACCAGAUUUUGUUCAUAUUAUGUUGAUAUUAAAUCUCUUGUAAUGUAAAUUUUAGACUGUAAUGAAGGAACUACAAACGUCCAAAUUAUUCAUUCAAUACAGUAUAUGAGAGUGCGGGUUAUCAGGUUUUUGUAACAAGUGUUGGCAGGGCAUUUUUACUAUAAUACACUUGCAAUACUUUAUACAAUAUAUGCUUUAUAAUCAUCUAAAAGAACACAUUCUGUAACUUGAAUGACAAGUGCUGUCUAAAUACAUAAAAGGACAACAUUAAAUACACAAUAUACAUGUUUCCAAUAGAUAUAUAGGGCCAGAUUUAGUUCAGUGAGAGAACUUUUUUGUAUAGUUUAUAAUGUCUAAACUAAUUAGUGAGAUUCAAUUUGACGAGAAUGUUCCUUCUAAUUCAGUCUCCAUUUUUUCCCAAAGACUUCAAAAGAAUUUCAUUCGAUAAACAGUGACAGUUUUAUCUCAUGGAAUUGGUGCUGGCUCCAUGGGAAAAUCUAGAAUUUAAUUAGGAAUAAUUCUUUCUCAUCUAAUUGAAUCUGGCCCUUUAUCUGAUAAGCCAUGAGAUAAGGUUUACUCAUUACCAGAGUCCAGGUCCAGGAAACCUAAUACUGAAAAAAGUAUAGCUGGUCACUGGUCAUCCUGAAAUAAAUACUCAAACGCACUAUUGUUAGAUAUAAAGACAUUCACCUUUCUCUCCUUGUGUUACAAAGACACCAGAGGUACAUUCCUUUCCAUUGGAGCCGGGGUAUAUUUCUUUACCCUUUCUUUCUAACAUACAUUUAUCGUAUCUUUUCGUAUCUCUUAUUAAUAUAGUCUGAUAAAUGCAAUGGAGGAAUCUGCCUCCCACCCUCUAAACACCACUUAUCACAAUCAUAUAUUGUAAAUUCAAGGAGUCACAGACAUGUGUAAUACCUACCUCCCAUUCCAACCAAUUAACUUGCUGUUCUAAAUUAGACAAUUAGAUGGUACUGUGAAUUUAGUUUUUAUGUAAAUAGAACAUAGAUGGUAUGUACAUAUAACAUAGAAAUACAUGUCUAUAUGGAUCAUAUAGUAUCUCAGUUACUUUUUAAAAGCACUUAGUUAUAAAAGGUUUUUACAGAAUCUCAAAGCAUUCCCUUCCCUUGUUUUUUACAGAUUUUUCAGCUGGACUGGCAAAAUGUAUACAUUAUUUUUUAUGUAUGUAUGUAUGUAUAUUUAUUAAUAUUUUUAUAACUGUGUGAGUUGAAAUAGAUUUUGUGAAAUUUCAAAGUUUGUGAUAUACUGUUCCUGAAAAUAAACUACUUAUUGGAACACAAA